CACUUACCCCUUGAUGUCUUACCGGCUGUGACAGAGGCCCUUGACUCCAAGACGAAAGGGGAGGAUUUGCUGCACAAGGGGAGCAGACCUUUCCGCUACUGUGAAAAAAAAACCAUGGACCUGUCAGACAGCGACCGUCCUGUCAGCUUUAGCUCCACUUCCUCCUCUGCUUCCUCCAGGGACAGCCACUGCUCCUUUGGAAGCCGAAUGACCUUAGUUUCAAACAGCCACUUGGGCUUGUUCAACCAGGAUAAAGAAACGGGUGCUAUCAAGCUAGAACUGGUCCCAGCCAGGCGAUUUUCCAGCAGCAAGCCACGCAAAAACUCCCCUGCAGAGCAAGAGGAUCCUGAGGAAAGCCUUGAAAAAAGGCUAAGCAUGCCGAGGAAAGCAGAACCAAAAGGAGCAAGCAAAAACUGUGCAAUGUCUAUUGCCACAGAGCCCACCAGUCCCAAGCUCCUCUAUGUAGACAGAGUCGUCCAAGAGAUUCUGGAGACAGAGAGGAUGUAUGUGCAGGAUCUAAAAAGCAUUGUGAAGGAUUACCUUGACUGUAUCACUGACCAGACCAAGCUCUCCCUGGGGACAGAAGAACGAUCAGCCUUGUUUGGAAACAUACGGGAUAUCUACCGUUUCAACAGUGAACUUCUACAAGAUUUGGAAAACUGUGAAAAUGAUCCUGUAGCUAUAGCAGACUGUUUUGUUUCCAAGAGUGAAGAUUUCCACAUAUAUACACAGUACUGCACCAACUACCCAAGGUCCGUGGCUGUGUUGACAGAGUGCAUGAGGAACAAGACACUGGCCAAGUUCUUCAGGGAGCGGCAAGAAGUGCUGCAACAUUCUCUGCCCCUGGGCUCCUAUCUCUUGAAACCUGUCCAGCGCAUCCUCAAGUACCACCUGCUUUUGCACGAAAUAGAAAACCACCUUGACAAGGACACUGAGGGCUAUGAUGUGGUGCUGGAUGCCAUAGAUACGAUGCAGAGAGUGGCGUGGCAUAUAAAUGACAUGAAGAGGAAACAUGAACAUGCCAUCAGGCUCCAAGAGAUACAGAGUUUGCUCACCAACUGGAAAGGGCCAGACCUCACGAGUUACGGGGAGCUGGUGUUAGAAGGAACAUUCCGCAUCCAGAGAGCCAAAAAUGAGCGCACGUUGUUCCUCUUCGACAAGCUGCUGCUAAUUACAAAAAAGAGAGAUGAGAUGUUUGUAUACAAAGCUCACAUAUUGUGUGGGAAUCUCAUGCUUGUUGAAGUAAUACCAAAGGAACCACUUAGUUUUAGCGUCUUCCACUACAAAAAUCCCAAGAUGCAACAUACUGUCCAGGCAAAGUCACAGCAAGACAAGCGACUUUGGAUUCUUCACUUGAAGAGAUUAAUUCUAGAAAACCAUCCUGCUAAAAUUCCUGCCAAGGCCAAACAGGCAAUUCUAGAAAUGGAUGCCAUACAUCACCCAGGCUUCCACUAUAGCCCUGAGGGAGAAAUUAAAUCUUCAUACCAGCCUAAAGAAGGCAGUGCUCCUCACAGAGUGAGAAGGAAAUCAGAACCCUCAUCUAGAGUCCAUAAAGUUUUGAAGUCAAAUGCUGUAAGCCCUGACAUGCAGAAGCGGAUCAGUAUUGAAGGAGCCCUGCUAUCUAAAGCCAACAAACUAGGAUCAAAUGACACCCUGCUGAAUUCUAGGAAGAAGGUUUCCUUAGAACCCAGUGGGCUGGAAAGCCAGUUUCAAGAGUCCAUUGAGCCAGCCUACAGCAGUGAUCAGGAUGAAAAUCUCCAGGCUUCUGCUACAGAACAGAUUGAUGCUGAUGAUGAAGAAGAGUCUGAACAGGGAAUGCAGCAAAACUCACUGCAGAAAUCAAAAGGGGGAAGAAAAAGACUUAACAGUCAAGCUGUUGAAAAUGUUGAGAAACGGAGAAGUAUUAAUCUCAACAAGUGUGAAACACAGAGCUCCAAGGACCCUUCAGAUGAAGAGUCAACCCCAUUGAAUACCGAUCUUCCAUUUUCCUGCACAGCUAGACAGCCGCAGUUGCCUAGACAAUUCAGCACACCCCAGAGCAACUCACUAAUCAUGAAUAUCUUGGGGGGAAGUACCUCUAUUAGAAAUAUCUGGACUGACCAUCAGAUCAGGCAGGCAUUGUUCCCCAGCCGGCGUCCACCUUAUGAGAAUGAAGACGAUGAAGAUGAUUAUCAGAUGUUUGUACCAUCAGUGUCUACAUCCAAUGCCAGUUCCACUGUUGGUGGAGAGAGGAGGAGUUCUUCUGGGCGUCCAUGCAGCUGGCACUUGGGAGUAGUACAUCAAAAUGAGACUUCCAGCCCCACUCGUCACAAAGUUGUUAGGCGGGCCAGUAGUGCUGGUGAAAGUAACACGUGUCCAGCUGGCGCCAGGUAUAAAAUUGGGGAGCGCAGCUCUCGCAGGGAAGCGAAGAGAACAGAGGUGAGCAGUAUGAAUGUGUAUCCUGAAUCUUCAGAGGAGCUGACCAUCGAUGAUAUUGAACAUGUUUAUGAUAAUAUAAGCUAUGAAGACUUAAAGCUGAUGGGUCUGACACGAAGGGAGGAGACAGACCGUGUUCCCCAGAGAUCUGCUAGAGACUCUCUCUAUGAGGCUGAAAACAAAAGCAGCUUGGAUUCACCCUCCAAGAAGAGGACAGAAAAUCAAAACAGGGCCUCCAUUCGUGCUAGUAGGGAUGAGAUACUACUCAGUAGAGAAGCACCUACUUCAAGUCUGGAUGAGCUCAGGAUUGUUGAAGACAAUAUCUAUGACACCAUAGUGCUUCCAGAAGCACCACUGUUGAAUUUAAAAAGUGCUAAAAGGCGGAAUUUUCUGGGUCUGGGAAAAGAUUUUGCAUGUUGUGACAAUCUACAGCAGUUUGUUUCUGAAGAGAGUCUCCAGUUCAGUGAAGAUGAAAGUCCUUACCAUCGUGUUCCUGUCGACAAUGAUUAUUUAAGCUUAGUAGAUAGCUCCUCCAACUCUGAUUCACUCUCCCAUAAGUCUGCAGCAGAUAAACUCUCAGAGGAAGUAGAUGAGAUUUGGAAUGACCUGGAGAACUACAUCAAGAAGAACGAGGAAAAGACAAGAGACCGUCUUCUUGCAGCCUUUCCUGUUUGUAAAGACGAUAUGCAGGAACGGCUGCAUGCUGGUAGUACACCCGAACUGAGUAAAGAUGUAGAGUACUCACUGUCUACUCUCUCUCUGCCAGAAACUCCUAUUUUCCCUAAAACUGUGAAGCCCAGGGCUGCCACCUUAAGUGAGGCUAACCUCAGGCUUGAAGACACUACACCGUACAAGGAGAACUCUUUUUUGAGUCUGAACAGAUCUUCCUUCUCCAGUGAGGUGCCUUUUGUAGAUAGCCCAUAUGAAUCUGCCAAUACUGUUCUGUCCAACGUCCACACAGAGGGUAUGGAAAGUGACUUGGCUGUUGUGGAUAAAACAAAAAACAGAGUUUUUAUGAUGGCAAGACAGUACAGUCAAAAAAUAAAGAAGGCUAACCAACUUUUGAAAGUUAAAAGCCCAGAGCAGGAGCAGCCAGCUAGCAGACAACAAAAACUGAAACACAAAGAUCUUGCUGCCAUUCUGGAGGAGAAGAAACAAGGUGGUCCUGCUAUUGGUGCCAGAAUAGCUGAAUAUUCCCAGCUUUAUGACCAAGUCGUCUUUAGAGAAAGUUCACCCAAGGUCCAAAAGGAAGCCUGGACCACCCCUCAGGAGCCAUCGGUCGGGAGGGAUUCCACACUGGUGGCUGCAUCUCCUCCUUGUUCCCAGGCUGACAGUGAAUGCUCAAGAGCAGAGGAUUGGCCUUUGCAUUCUACCUACAGUAAUGGUGAGCUGGCCGACUUCUCUCCAUGGUCUGAAUCCCAAGAGCCAAAGUCAAAGAGCUUGUAUGCAGAAGCUGGUACAAAAAGCAAUUCGAGGCAGUUGCCAUCAGCUGGCUCGGUGCCUUCACUUCAGAUUUCUAACCGUUUGCAUGUCCCGGCACAGAGGUGGAGCACCAUUAUAAGCCAACCAAACAAAGAAAAUUUACAUCAAGAUCACAUCUAUAACUCCCUUGGGAAAAGAGUAACCAAUGUAAAACCACAGGUUUACAGCAGGUCGCAGUCAUCUUCCUCGAUUGUGGUCAGCAGGUCUGGAGAAGCCAUCAUAUAUCCUAAUGAAAUGGAGAAGAAAAAGCUGCAUUCAAAUAGGAACUUCCGAUUCAACAGCCAUCAAACACCGGGUAUUGCGUCAGGAUGUACCGGGCCUGAGAAGAGAAAUCAGAUCCCUGAAAACUGUUCUGAUAUGAUUCUGCAGGAUUCUCAAAAGGUCCUGAGAGUGAACAGGGCUUCCCCUCUGACAGCACAGGUGGCCACUCAGAACUAUUUUUCUAAUUUCAAAGAUACUGAAGAAGAAGGGGAUGAUGAUGACUAUGUUGAAAUAAAGUCUGAAGAUGAAGGAUCUGACUUGGAGACCUCUCAGAACCAAGCAAGGAAAUUGGAUCCUAAGCUGCAUAAUGCAGAUGCUGCUCCUUCUGAAACACUCUGCAGCAAAACUGUCUCUUGUACUCCUGCCAAGUCUGACAGCAGCAAACAUGCACUUAACCCCUAUCUGACUGCAUACGGUGAUUCGGAUAAACUGAACGACUACCUGUGGAGAGUACCAUCUCCUAAUCAGCAGAAUAUUGUCCAGUCUCUAAGGGAGAAGUUUCAGUGUCUCAGUUCAAGUAGCUUUGCUUGA